AAUUAGAGAGUCUGCUGGAAAAUUACUGCCUGCAUAUGGCAUGACUGUGAACCUGGGGCAGUGCUGGAGCACUAUAAAAGCCAGCCCAAAUACCCAGUCUCUCACCCAGUUCUCUCAACACUUUCUCCUUGAGGAUCAGGUGCAGCUCCAGCCACAAGACAUGUCCUGCUACAACCAGUGCCUGCCCUGCCAGCCCUGCGGCCCAACCCCGCUGGCCAACAGCUGCAAUGAGCCCUGUGUCCAGCAGUGCCAGGACUCCAGAGUUGUCAUCGAGCCCCCAGCUGUGGUGGUGACCCUGCCUGGCCCAAUCCUCACCUCCUUCCCGCAGAACACCGCCGUGGGCUCCUCCACCUCCGCUGCUGUUGGCAGCAUCCUCAGCUCUCAGGGAGUGCCCAUCAACUCCGGGGGCUUUGGUCUGUCUGGCCUGGGCAGCGGCAUCUGCGGCACAAGGUGCCUGCCCUGCUAAAGCUGCUGGUGAUGGCCCUGGGGAAGGAAACCAGGGACACACACGAUGAUACUGGACUGGGGAAAGAGCAUUGGGUUGUUGGUUUCAGAGGGGCUGAGCAACCCCAGCACCCCUUGCAAAAGGAUGGGGCCAGCCUGGGCUCUCAGAAAGCACGGCCCAUGCCACCUUUCCCCUCUCCCAGUGUCUCCUCUUCCUUUUUAUGUCCUUGUUCUCCCGUGCUCCCCUGGGCUGUGAGCCCCACAAAGCCAGCCUAGGGAGGACCUCCUGGCCCUGCUCCCUCUGUGGGACAGGCAGAUGAACACCUGGCUGGAUCUGCACCACAGUGACAGGAAGCAGACUCCUGUCUGCCCCCCAUUCUCCUUUCAGCAGGACCUCCUCUCAGAGCAAGCCUGUUUCCCUCUUUUGACUCAUUAAAGUUCUGCUGCAUCCCA